CUGUGGGCGACGUCUAUUUUUUGUUUGUGACUGAUUUCUAUUCAGCAAAAUAUUUUUGUUACUUCAUACGACUGCACAUUUUUACCAAAACACGUGCUAUUUUUCAAUAUCGACUCUGUUACAUAAAAAUAGAUAACGUGUCUAGUAAUCAGUGAAUACAUGACCUGUAAACAAAAAACAAAUUGCAAAAAAAAUGGUGCUGCCUUCAGAAAUGGUAAUAAAGCAGGAAAAAGAGGACUUGGAGCAUAACCCUGCAGAUUAUUUGAGCCCAGACUUCGAAGUUACAGUAAAAGUUGAAGUGGAAAGCUCUCAAAUCAGAGAAUAUGAAGUUAAAACUGAAUUUAUAGGUGAUGAAAACACUGAGGUUUUUGAGUCUGAGGAGGUAGAAUUCGAUGGCGUUGAGUAUGAAGAUUUGAUACAGUACACACGGGUUACGUGUGCAAUUUGUAAUGAGGAGUUUUGUGAAAGGUAUUCACUACUGCGGCACAAUUUGAAACAUUUAAGACUCCUAAUUGAACCAUUGGGAACAAUAAUUCAGAAAGAUAAUAAUAACGUCCCAAUUAAAAGAAAGAAGUCACUGGUAACGAAAGAACUGCAUGAGUGUAAAAUAUGUGGCAAAAUCCAAACGUACAAAACUUGGCAUUCCCACAUGAAAGAGGUUCAUGGUACGGAGGAAUACGAGUGCAGCGUUUGCUCUGCUGUGUUCAAAUGUGCGAGGUACGCACGUAAGCACAUCUACAGUAUACAUAUGAACAAGAAAUUCAAAGGCAGUCGGCAAAUAGAAGGAGUCGAAGUAAAAUGUACCUUAUGUCCUGCUAUACUGAAGAGUAAAUAUGCAUUAUCAACGCACAUGAGAAACUGUCACAGUGAGAAAGCUCAAUGUGAAAUCUGCCAGUCUGUGUUGAAAAGUAGGUCGUAUUUGCUGAUUCAUAUGAACAGAGUACAUUACAACGAUGGCAAAGAGCACAAAUGUCACUGCGGAAAGAAGUUUCGGUCGCCGAGAUAUUUGAAAAUACACAUGAAAAAUUCCAAACAUGCAAGGAGAUGAGAUUGGUGGAUCGUUUUUAUUUUCAAUAUUAUUUGAAACCAAAAUUGUGAAGUGCUCUUAUACAAAAACGUUUUCUCAUAUUACUCCAUCAGCAUGUAUGGAUAAUUUCUGGGCAAUUACUUUUUAAAUUGCUCAUUAAAAAUAUUAUUUACAUUUAUAACGGUGGCAAGGAUCGACUGCCACAAACUAUCUUUUUUCUUAGUUUAUGUUAAUCUUGUCAAGUAUUAAUAUUUGAAGCAAGUAUUUGUUAUUAGAAUAGCAGUUUUUGUUAAUUACUUCUAAGACUCGUUAACCGCAUAAAUAAAUGUUUUACUAUUGUC